AUGACAUGUUCAUACACGUUCGUCGUUACUGCUCUCAUUGCCAAGUGCAUCAACACUAUCCCUGGCCUCCACGUGCGCACAACGGCUGAUGGUGAGAAACCCGGUCUUGACGAAGUCGAGAUCAGUGAAAUUGCGAACGAGUACAUCGAAGUACGGCGUGACUUCAUGGACUGGUCAGCAUUUGGCAGUAUAAGUGCACACCGACCCAGCGUCACUGGUGACAGACACGACCAACUAGACCUCGCGCAACAGGAUCAACUGACAAAAUUUACGCACUGA